CAUAUCGCGACCUCCCCAAUUCAAAAGGUGUCCUCCAUCGAACUGAUCACAUGACGGUAACACAUCCGGGAUAUCUAUCAAACAUGUCGCUCUACGAUGGCCUCGGACUGGAUCAAGACGAGAUCAGUGAGUCCGUCCAAGAGGUCAAGAUACCCGAAAAGCAGCCGGAAAAGAAAAUUCAGCCCCCAAAAGUCGAAAUCCCUAAACUGUCGAGUAGCUACAAGUUUAUGUCGACCCAGUUGCAGCGCAACAAGAUUGCUCAGUCGAAGUCGACGACACCGAGACAGAAGCCGGCGCUCGUGACUCUCGGUAGCGCGCGCGAUGACGACUUGAAGUUGAGUUACAAGACUGAAUUGGAAUCGGAGCCAUUCUUACCAUGCAGUAUUCCGGCCAUUCUUACCAACGAGUAUGAUCCAAUGCAUCCAAACGACUACGAGUCGGUACUCAAAGAACGAAGACAACAUGAUGAGGCUCAACGAGAGAAGAGGCGACAAGAAAGGGGGAGAGAGCUGGAGAAGAAGAGGGAAAGAGAAAGAGAAAGAGAGGAAGGCAAGAGCAGAAGUGGUAGAGAUUCUAGAUAUCGUGAUUCGGAUUACGAACGACGAGACAGGGACAAGGAUAGGGACAAGGACAGAGAUCGAGACCGAGAUCAAGACAGGGAAAGGUAUCGAGACAGAGAUCGAGAUCAUAACCAUGAGCUUGAUAGAAGAGGUGAACGGCAGAGAGGUGAGAUGAUGGCAGCUAUCCCACCACCGGCAUCUCUUGUAGAGGAUUCAGCAACCUUCGACGAGAGACAGUCAGACAGAGACCAGGAAGAUAGAAUGCCGAGAGAUCUCGGCAGCAAGCUGUUAGGAAGUGCAAUGAAAGGGAAUUCGGUUGCCGCCGCCAUUAUGAAGAAGUAUGGAUACAAAGAGGGACAAGGUCUUGGCAGACAAGAACAAGGAAUCAGCACUGCACUGUCGGUAGAAAAGACAGGUCAGCGACAGGGAAAAAUCAUAAAUCAACAUUUGGAGAAACGAAAAACAACAGCCGUUGAAGAUGUUCCACUGGGCUCACAGUCAGCAGAACCAGUGAGGGAACAGGUGGACUCCAAUAUCGCCGAUCUUAUGAAGAAUCCUACGAAAGUCGUGUUACUCAUGAAUAUGGUCGGUCCAGGUGAAGUUGAUGAUGACUUGCAGCCGGAGACUGCGGAGGAAUGCUCCAAGUAUGGUGAAGUAGCAAAAGUCAUCAUAUACGAGUUGCCUGGAGCCAUACCUGAAGAGGCUGUUCGGAUAUUCGUCGAGUUUAGCAGAGUCGAGUCGGCGAUCAAAGCUGUUGUGGAUCUCAAUGGACGGUAUUUUGGUGGGCGUAUAGUGCGCGUUAGCUUCUUUGAGGAGGAGCGGUUCAAGAGAUUCGAUCUCGGACCGUAGCGAUAGCUCGUCGUGAGGCAUUUGUUUAUCAUUGCGUCGUACGUACUGGAUACUAACGUAGAAUCUAAUUCAAACGCAGUUUUGUAAUACAUUCGGGUGUUUAUCCGGG